CUCUCAGGAAAGCCCGGCGGGAGGAGCAGCUGGUCAGCAAGAGGCUUCUGCGGGAGGACACCGCAGCAGAAGAGGGUGGACAGGAUGGAGCAGAGGUCGUGCCGCACCCUCUCUCGGAGGCUGAGGUGAAGAGCCUGCUCAGAGGUGUGCAGAGGGGUUCAGAGGACAGGAGAAGAUCACUCAGCUGCCUCCGCCGGGCUCUGCAGAACACGGAGACUCAGCAGAAGUUCAUCAGGCUGGACGGCAGCAUCCGGACGCUCAUUGGGCUCUUCACCAGCAGCCUGGCCGACAUGCAGAUGGAGGCAGCCCGCUGCCUCCACGAGCUCUCCCACUCCAGUGACCCGGCUGUGGCUGAGGCGUGUCUGCCAGUGACCUCCUAUCUCCUCACCUACCUCUCAGGACACAGCGUUGAGUUCACGGAACUGUGCUUGUACACGCUGGGGAACCUGGUAGUAGAAAGUGAAGCUGUGAGGAAGCAGCUUCUGCCUCAGGGCAUCGUUCCAGUGCUGGCAUCCUGCAUCCAGUCCCCGCACGAGGCUGUGCUGGAAGGUCUGGGCUAUGUCCUCUCGCAGCUCCUCCAAGCCAAGGAAGCCCCCACAGAGAUCAUACCCUUGGUUCUGGACUCUGUUCUCCCCCAGCACAUGCUUCGACUGGUUUGCUCUGGCCUCAAGGCUGGGAUAGGAGCAGCCGUGGAGUUCGCGUGGUGUCUCCACUACAUCGUUUGUAGCCCCGCAGGCACCGCGGCGUUGCUGUCGCUGGGGGCCUUGCCUGCCCUCACCUCGCUCUUGCUCGACCUGGCCUCCGAAAUCCGCCAAGAUGCUCCCGAGGGCCUGGAGCUGCUCAUCUGCCCGGUGCUGCGCUGUCUC